CUUUGAAGGCCAUUUCAGUUUUCGCGAUAAUUACGAAACUCGGCGCACUUAUCGCUCAUUAUUUCUGUUCUGUGACUGAUUGCUUCUCUUUAAUUUCAACGGAAUUUCACAAAUAUUUUAACUCAUACUAAUGAUGCGAUCGGAGCCAAAGCUACCGACAGUUGAUCGUAUUGUCACAAGUAUACCUCCUCCUCCGAGCAAAUUAAUGCCGUCAAGUACAGUUUUCGAUUCUAAAGGUCGUCCUCAGCUGGAUGUUAUUGGACCGCAUUUAAUAGCAGAAGGUCGAUUAACAGAAGAAGCAAUAUUAAGGAUUAUCAGUGAUACAUCAGCUAUAUUAAAAUCAGAAAAAACUAUGCUUGAUUUAGAAGCACCAAUUACAAUUUGUGGAGAUAUACACGGUCAAUUCUACGAUUUAAUGAAAUUAUUCGAAGUUGGCGGUCCACCUGAAACAACCCGAUAUCUAUUUCUUGGCGAUUAUGUUGAUCGAGGUUAUUUUAGUUUAGAGUGUGUUAUCUACUUAUUCAGUUUAAAGAUUCUACAUCCUCGUAGUCUAUUUCUUCUACGUGGUAAUCAUGAAUGUCGUCAUUUAACACAGUAUUUCACAUUUAGACAAGAAUGUAUUAUGAAAAGUACAGAACGUGUUUAUGAAGCUUGUAUGGAAGCAUUCGACUGUUUGCCUUUAGCUGCAUUAAUCAAUCAACAAUUCUUAUGUGUACAUGGUGGCCUAUCUCCUGAAUUGCAUACUCUGAAUGAUAUUCGAAAGUUGGAUAGAUUUAAAGAACCUCCAGCAUUCGGUGCAAUGUGUGAUCUGUUAUGGGCUGAUCCAUGUGAAGAUUUUGGUCAAGAAAGAAAUUCAGAGCAUUUUAGUCAUAAUACUGUUCGUGGAUGUUCAUAUUUUUACAGUUUUAAUGCAUGCUGUCAUUUCUUACAAGCUAAUAAUUUACUAUCAAUUAUACGUGCUCAUGAAGCUCAAGAUGCCGGUUAUCGAAUGUACAGAAAGAGUAGACAAACUGGCUUUCCUGCAUUGAUCACAAUUUUCUCAGCACCAAACUAUUUAGAUGUGUACAAUAAUAAAGCUGCUAUAUUAAAAUAUGAAAAUAAUGUAAUGAAUAUUCGACAGUUCAAUUGUUCACCACAUCCAUAUUGGUUGCCUAAUUUUAUGGAUGUAUUCACUUGGUCGUUGCCAUUUGUUGGUGAAAAAGUUACUGAAAUGUUGGUCAAUGUACUUAAUAUUUGUUCAGAUGACGAAUUGUUAUCUGAUACACCAGAAGAUGAAUCACAAAUCACUGCGCGAAAAGAUGUGAUACGGAAUAAGAUUCGAGCUAUUGGUAAAAUGGCACGUGUGUUUACUGUACUGAGAGAGGAAAGUGAAACUAUUCUUGAAUUGAAAGGACUCACACCGACUGGAAUGCUCCCGUUGGGUGCACUAGCAGGUGGUCGAGAAGCCAUCAAAGGAAUUUAUAAUUCUGUUUCUGGAACAUGGACACCGCAUAAAAUUCAAUGUUUUGAAGAAGCAAAAGCAUUUGAUAAAGUUAAUGAAAGAAUGCCACCACAUCUUGAUAUGAAUUCUAAACGACAAUGGCCAUCAUCCUAUGCCUCGAAUACACCGAGUAGUGAUGAAAUUGACACGAAAAACUCUGAUUCACACAUAACUACUAGUGAUAAUCAUUCUGUUAUUGAUACUGAUGACACCAAUACAAUGCUAUCGCUUAGUUCACAGAAAGUGAUGCCAAGGCCGCCGUCAAUCUGUGAAGAACGUUCCUCAGACGAUGAUGAUGAUGUUCGUGGUGGCAGUCAUAAUAUUGAUAAGAAUAAUAGUUUAAAGGAUAUGAGUAUUAGUCAAUCAUCAAAUCGAACAAUAAAUUCUGAUUCAAGUAAAUUUAGUAAAGGUGAUGGAUAUAGUACAUCAUCAUCGAUUAGUUCAAGAAUAUCCAUGUCAACAGUAACGACAGUGUCAGCAACAGCAACGGGGACAUCAUCAUCUCCUAGUAAAGUUCCAAGUGCUUCCAUUCCAUCUCCUGUCGCUGGAUCUAGUUCAUCUAGUUCUACAACUGCUAAAUAAACGUGCGCACGGACGCACGCAGGCACGAACGCACGCACACACACACACACAGAAAGACAGACAGACACUUACAUACAUACACAAAUGUAUUAUGCCAUUUUCUUUUCUCUUCAUUUGGUUUCCUUUCCCUUGAAUAUUUUUACUCUCUGUGUCCUUUCUCUCCUUUGGGUGAUAUUGUUUGUCUGUUAUAUGAAUGUAUUUGAUAAUAUACAUUUGCAUAUAUACAAACACAUACGUAUAUAUAUACAAAUAUGUGUAGAAAAUUUUACCUCACAAAUGUUUUUCUCAUGUAUUUCCUCCAAGAUGAUGUCGAUGUUGAUGCUGAUGUUGAUGAUGUAACCCUUUUUCUUUACCCUUUGUCCCUGACCUCCAUACGACCCGAAUCACCGGCCACUUCAACCUCUACUACUCCUAAUACUACUACUAAUAAUAUUACAAAAGUAUAUAUAUAUACACUAUAUAUUUUAAUUUAUGGAGUAUUAUUGUAAAAAUAAUAAUGAUAAUAAGUAUACUAGUAUUCCUUCUUUAUAAAAUUAAUAAUAAUAAUAGUAAUGAUAAUAUAGAUAGUGUACUCUUCCUUGUCUCUAAUGGAUUAAGAGUAGUGGAAGAAAGUAUUGCGUGGAAGGGCUGCAAAGGAUAAAGUUAGAUGGCAGCAGUUAGAUGACACCGCGUUGCUGACACUGAGGAAAACGUGUAUCUUAUAGCAAUAGUAGUAUUAGUAGUGGUACUCGUCGGCAGGAGGACACAGAAGCUAAAUUAAUAAGAUCAUGUUGAAAAUAUAUUGGGUUUCUCUCUUGAUUUCUCUCAACUUCUUUUCUACAGACAUACAAGCUCGGAAGCCAGAGAGCGAGCGAGCGAGUUAGCGAACAAGAAAACAAGGCAGGACGAUUAAUGUUAAAUAUAUUUUUCAUGAUAUACCCCCUUUUUUUCAGUCUCUCUCUAUCUCUCUUUCUGGACAAGAAUUUAACACAGUUUUGGCUGUUUUCUAGUAUGUGAUAAUGAUGUCAAUAACGGUGAUGCCAAUUGGAAAACUGCUCAUCUCAUUAUCGUUAUGAUUAUUAUUACUUAUAUGUUAGAUGUAUGUAAUCUAGUUGAACAUAUAACUUCCUUCACUGAGUUACUUCGUCUUCUUACCUUUUGUGUGUGUGUUUGUGUGUGGGUGUGUGAGAGGGCGUGCGUACAACAUUUGUAGCUUCCAUGUGUAUGAAGAACUGAACUUUAAUCAUACUCAAUUUAGGUAAUAAAAAAAAAUGUUGUAUUCAAUGUAGUUGUCUUUUUCUAUUUGUAUACUACUGAGAGAGGGCGAAAGAGACAUUGACAGGAAGUCGAGAAACCCUUCAAUCAUUUAGUCAAUAAAAAUCACAGACACAUGAUCCCUUUUGUACCCUGUUUGAAUUCCGCCCUCUACUUAGUCUUCUUCUUCUUUUUCUUCUUCUUCUGCUUUGACGUUGACUUGUCAACAUUUUGCUGUUACCGUCUAAUACGUGGAUAAAACAUCGACAGGAAGAGGAGGACCUAAUUCACUAACUUUUUGACUGU